AUUGAACACAUAAAAAAGUAAAAGUCGAAAAAAUAAAUACUAAACUAACGUAUUUCAAUGUGCUUCAUCUAUUUAAGACUUAACCCGUUUGUAGAUGAAUACAAGCAAUAGGAACGAAAUAAAGAAAAAGUAUAACACUGACCUAAAGUAAAAUAGAAAUAUAUUUAUUUCAUAUAAUGGCAGCUUUAUAACAACAUUGAAAAAAUUUAAGUGUUUCAUUAGUUGAUGCUAUAUUAACUAUUUCUAUGAAUAGAUCUAAAUUUAAUGCAGUGUCUAUUGGAUUACUCAAUGAUCUUGAACAAGCUUUUGAUCAUGCUUCAAAAAAUGAUCAUAUUAAAGGUGUUCAUCUACGUUCUAAUUUUAGUUCGACAUUUUCUGCUGGUCUUGUUCUUUUUGAUAUGCAUGAACGAUGUGCUAAACGUCAUCAGCCAAUAAUUGAUAAAUUCGUCUUUGAUACAAUUAACCGUGGUGCAAUAGCACCUCUGCGUUGUUCAAAACUAGUUGCAUGUUCACUUGAUGGUCAUGCUAUUGGUGCUGAAUCAUCUGUUGGUGUACCAUUUCCUCCAAUACCACUUGAAAUUAUGCGACAUCAACUUGAACCACAACUUGUUCAUCGAUUAAUAUUUGAUGCAAAUAUUACAUCAUCAAAUGAUUUUUCAAUUCGAUGUGAAUGA